AUGGCGUCUGACGACGACCAGGACUACCUCCCCUCAGACCUGGAUGAGGAGGCCUUCCUGAACCAGGCCUACGCCACAGACGAGGAGGCGUACCUGGCGGGGGCCACCACAGCUGAGGACGACGAUGAUGAGGAGCAGCCCGACUUGUUUGGUGAGGGCGCGGACCCGAUGAGCGUGCUGGCAGGCAUGGAGGCGCAGGAGAGGCUGGGCAGGCAGCCGUUCGAGGUGCUGGCCUCCCGCAAGCGGCGCAGCCGGCGCGAGCGGCUGGCGGCGGAGGAGGCGGAGGAGUCGGGAGACGAGGAGGCGGCGGGCGGCGGCGACGCCGGCGGCCGGCCGGGGCCCAGCCAGCCGCGGCCGCGCGGCGUCGGCGGCGGCGGCGGCGGCGGCGGCGGCGGCGGCGUGUUUGGCGCCAACAUCAUCCGGCUGGCGCCCAACCUGCCCGACCCCUACCACACGCUGGGCCUGCUGCACGAGGCGGUGGGGGACGUGAAGAAGUCCCUGGACUUCUACAUGAUCGCCGCCCACCUCACACCCAAGGACAUCUCCCUGUGGCGCCGCCUGGCCCAGCUGUCGGCGGACCAGGGCCUGGUGCGGCAGGCCAUCUACUGCUACACGCAGGUGUUGCGGCGGGACAGGGAGGACCUGGAUGCGCGGUACGACCGCGCCAUGCUGUACGCCGACAUGGGGGAGAACCGCAAGGCGAUCGAGGGGCUGGAGCAGGUCAAGGCGGCGCGGCCAGACCACAGCGAGGCGCCCAAGGCCCUGGCCCGCCUGUUCCACCGCACCGGCCAGGCGCCGCGGGCGGUGCAGGUGCUGCAGGCACACCUGUCCACCUACCCGGCGCUGACCGACCUCACCCACAUCAACAUCCUGGCGGAGCUGUACUGCGACGCGGGCCAGUGGGCGGCGGCGCUGGCCACCGUGCAGCGCGCGGAGCGGGAGCUGCUGGCACCCGACGAGGAGCUGCCCAUCGACUUGAGGGUCAAGGCGGGCACAGCGCAGGCGCACCUGGGCGACGUGGCGGCGGCGGUGGAGGCCUUCAGCCUGAUACUGCAGGAGCCUGUGGAGUCGUUUGCUGACCUCGCCCUGGCCGAGCAGCCCGAGGCGGGCACCCCAGACGCGUGGGCGCGCCUGGCGCUGUGCCACCGAGCGCUGAAUGACGUGGAGGGGGCGCUCAAUGUGUACCGGGCUGUGGUGCAGCAGCUGGGACCCGACCACCCCGGCCACAUCGAGGCGGUGGUGGCGCUGGCCGACCUGCACCGAGAGCUGGGGCAGCAGCAGGAGGCGGAGAGCGUGCUGGCAGGCCUGGAGGCGCUCAUCCGCACCCAGGACAUGCCCGCCGACCACGAGGCGGCGCUGGAGUUUGUGCUGCGCCGCGCAAACAUCUUCUACGCCUGCGGCAAGAACGAUGCGUACCUGAAUGUGACGGUACCGGUGCUGGGGGCCACGCUGCGCGUGCUGGAGGCGGAGCACCGCCAGGUGGCGGGAGACGUCGACCCGCGCCUGGCCAAGCGCCUCAAGUUCCUGGGGGGCCGGCGGGAGCGCGGCGGGGCAGAGGCGGAUGCGCAGGGCGUGUUUGUGGGGUACAAGCGGUACGAUCGCCGCAAGAAGCACAUCCGCGAGCUGGAUGAGCGGGCGGAGCAGAUUCUGGCGGCCACGGCGGCGGGCGGCGGCGCGCCGAGCGGCGCGGAGAGCGAGGGCGAGGACGAGGCGGGCCCCGGUGCCUUUGUGAUGCGGGAGCUGCUGCGGGAGGAGGCCCCCUUCAUGAUGCUGCUGCAGACGGGCCAGGUGCUGCUGGCGGAGCGGCAGCACCAGGAGGCGCGGGAGCUGCUGCAGGCGGCGCUGGAUGUGUGUGGCAAGCGGUACCUGGCUGAGACGGGCGGCGUGCGUGCGGCGGUCAAGUUCCUGUCGCCCAUGCGCCAGCGCCACCCCACCUGCCUCCCGCUCAUGCUCAUGCUGGGCCACUGCCACCUGCUCAACACGCAGUACGCAGAGGCGCUUUGCGAGUACUUCCACGCUUACAGGGUGGGCCACAGCGAGCCGCUGGUGCUGCUGUGCAUCGCCGCCGCGCUCGUCAACCAGGCCGCCACCAAGCGCGUGCCGGACCGCCACCGUGCAGUGCUGCAGGCCUUUGCCUUCCUGCAGGAGUACGGAGACGCGCGGCGCAACCCCCAGGAGGCAGCCUACAACACCGGCCGCGCUGCCCACCAUCUGGGCCUCCUGCACAUUGCUGUGCCCUACUACGAGCGCGUGCUGGAGGCGGCGCCACCCGCCGUGGCAGCGGGGGCAGGCCCCGCCUACGACCUGCGGCGCGAGGCCGCCCUCAACCUGUCGCUCAUCUACCGCCAGUCGGGCGCCGACCUGCUGGCCAAGCAGCUGCUGCGACAGCACCUCACGGUGUGA